GUAUCAUGGAAGUUUUACUCCCGUUUAUUUUUCGUGUAGACUCAUAAAUACAACUGCCUAGUUCCGGAAGUAGGAAAUGAAAAUUGACAACAACAAAAAAUGGCUUCCGGCAGUACAGUUUUUCUGACAUUUCUGGUUGUUUAUAUUUUCCACUUGAUCACAACAAGUUUGGCUGAUUGUUCCAUUACUGCAUUUGGCAAUCGUUACACUAACUGUAGAUAUGGCUGCUGUGGAUCACAUUGCUGCACCAGACAAUUUAAUCUCGUUGGACUGAUAGUUGGAGUAUGUGUCGGAGUAGGUACUUUAAUCGUCAUCAUUUGUGUCAUUGUUUGUAUCUGUCGUAGACGGCGGACAGCUGGUGUUGUGGUUCACUCCCAGCCUGGGAUGGUCAUACAACAAUCGACUAUGAUGACUCAAGGAGGAGUACUAGUACCAGGGGCAGCUCAGCCUGGUGUUGUUUACCCACCACAAGGCUAUGGAUGUCCCCCUCAGCCAUACGGAGCAUACCCACAGCCUGGCUAUUACCCGACCAACUAUCCCCUGCCUUACCCAACAAGCAGCGCCCCACCGUAUGAAUACAACCCAGCCCAACAACCAAUGGCAGACGCACCUUUUAAAAACUAAACUGUGAUUAUGUGUUUGUUGACAUAAUACCAUACUUUGUUUUUGUCACUAACUAUAUAGAGCCUCUACUGGAUUUGCUUGUCUCAAAUGUACUCCAAAAAAUAAAAAAAAUAAAUAACUGUACUUGUAGCAACUAUUAUUCUAUUAGACCUAUCAGAGCACAACCCACAUGUUGGGCACCAGUGUACUUAUUGAUACACGCACACAGACACUGCUUUGACUUUGUGUUGUCUUACUUUAAGUACAGUUGAAAGGUUCACAUUGAAAUUGCUAACAUGUAGCAUGUUAUGUACUAGAUGAUUUGCUUCUGUCCAUUGAAAAAACCUACAGUGUACUUAAAAUGUUUUUUUUACUGGUAAAAAAUUGUUGGCUUUAAUUUUCACACAACACCUCUUUUGUUUAUGGUCACCAAAAUAUUUGUUUACAUUUGAACUCAUCAGUAAAUCAAGAAAAAUGUUUUAAAUUACAAAUCACAAAGUUGUUGUUUUUUCGGAAACUAUCGUCUCGAUGCUUAUGAUAUAAAGUUUGAUGUACACUGACCCUUGUUUUGUUGGAAACUUAUAACAAUUAACCUUACACGUUUCAGAAACAUUAAUUAGCUGAGCAUCUGGUAGUAGUUUUAAAGGCUAAAAGAAAAGAUUUAUACUGUCAGAUAGGUGUUUAUAUUAUCAGCAAUAAAUCUUUUUUGUUUAGAUCUGAUAAAACAAUUUAUUUGGCAGCAUUCAAAGUUUCUCUUGGUAGUUCAUAAUUCUUUCUGAAUGUUUGGUCUAAAAACAAUUCAUGUCACUUGAUAUUUGAUAUAGUUUGAUACAAAAAAUAUGUAUUGCGACUCAAAAACAUGUAAAUACUAUUCAUCACAAAUGCAACUAAACAAAUUUUUGUUUGUAAAGAACAAUGUUUUGACUGACAUAAAUAUUAUAUAUAUAUUUUUUUUUCAUGAUGUUACAAUUAUCUCAUUUUUAUUUUUAAGGCAUAAUUUUUUUUUAAAACUGGUUUUGUAUAGCACAGCUUUCAUGCUCAGUGCACUAUGGUCACUCUUUUGUGGACUUGGGGGUUGGAGGAGGUAUUUUAGAGAAGGUUUCCAAUCUCGGCAAAGACAAUUCAAGUAGGGUUAGGAAGUUGACCCCCCUUGAUAGGUAGCCAAGUGGUUUUGGCCACUCAAACACACAUAACUAAGUAAUUUUAUUUAUACUGAAAAGAAGGGCUUUAAUUUUAAAAAUACUUUUUGUAGUCGUGGUGUUGACUUAUCGGCUUACCUUAUGUUAACAAAGACCUUUUCAAAUACUACUUUUAUAAUUCAACUUACAAUUGUAACAUAAUACUGUUUUAUUUGUAAAUGUUAUUUGUUCACAUUUUAUGUAGUGAGAUUUAAUUUUAUUAUAUUUUUCAUGAAAUAAUUUUUAAAUUUAAGACUGCUGAUGUACAUUGGGAAUUUGAAACUUAUUAACUAGGGAUACAAAGUUCUACACACAUAAACAUAAAGUAAGUGAAGUUUGACCAAUAAUAUUUUCAUUAGUCUAGUAUGGUGAAUGUACCCUUUUCAGACAUGCAAUCCUUGGGUGCAGAUGAUAUAAAAUUCAUCUGUUUCUAAGGUCAAUAGUUAUUGAGGGUGUCAUGUGGCCAGCAUAAUUGCCAACCCCCUUUACUUUUGCAACGAAUAUUAGAUACCCUUAAAGUUGGGUACACUCUUGGGCGUCCUCGGAAAUCUAGAAAUUCAGAAUCCCAGUCUUAAUCAUGUGUAGAUGUUUCGAUGUUUUCCAGAAAACAUCUUUUGUCCUGAUAGACAAUCUAUUCCCACAACUAUUUCCUAGUGUUCAUUUCUUAUUCAUCACUUUUUUUAAACUUAAGAAUUACUUCAAACCAUCGUCAUGAUUUCUUUUUUUGGAAAACAUUUAAAAGAAAUAGUUUGGUGAAGAAACAAUAUCGAAAAGCAUACAAUCAGUUAAAAUGACAUGUUUAAUGUAAUGUCCUACAAAUGGUUCAAUUUAAUUUUAUUUUGUGUCUAGUCCUGGGUUUAUAUUAUUUUUUUUGUUUAUGGAAUAUUUAUAUACAUUUAGUUUUAUUUUUGGUCCAAAUCGUGUAUGCACAUUCUUUAAUGUCAACUUGAUAUUAUACCCAUGUAAGACUGUAUAAUACUCAUUUUUAUUUGAUUCCAAUUUGAAUUUUUUCUUAAAUGCAUCCUACUUUUUUGACCCAUUAGUUUGUUGUGUUUUUUUCUGGAAAAGGUCUGGGGUGGUAAUUUAACUCUUGUUAGUGCUCCUUCUCAGUCGUUGUUAAACUUUAUUUGACCUGUUUCUUGGUUGGAAAAUGUUUUCCUUUAUGUAUUUAUUUUGUUGUCUUUCAAUCAUUUUUUUUUUGUUUUAGUUUUUUUUUUUCACGCUUCAGACGCUCCUUCACAAAUGAUGAUUAUUAUAUCCUAACCAAGACCUCCUGGAAGUGGCUUGGGUUUGAUCACAGGACCAUCACAAAGAAUCCGGAGUGCAUACCACAUGACAAUGUUUUGUAAAAUGUUUUCCUGUGUUUCGGAUAUUCCUUCAAGGUUGAAGAUAAUCCACUUCCUAGUCCAAACCUCCUGCAGGACGACGGGAAUGGCAAUGGGCAGGAUAUGAACCUGGUACCAUUGAGACAAGUUAGCGACAGUCCAGAGCACUUAUCGCACAACCAUUGAGCUAUUCAGACUUGUGGUGUGUGCCACAUGGUCUCUAAGCUCAGACAAAAUGGAGGUCAAACUCUCUCUUACCUAAUUCACUUCUAAUAGUGGGAUUAUAAUUUUUGUUGAUGAGUUCUUUUGUACAUUAUCUAUGUUGUCAACACAACAGGACACUCCCUGUUCAGAUGAGUCAAGAUAGUUUGAUUGAUUGGUGGAGUUUGGGCUAAGAUAUAUUGUAAUUAUUGUCUCCUCUGAGAGAAAGUCAGUUUGGGCUAAGAAGUAAUAAUUGUCUCCCCUGAAAGAAAGUCAGUUUGGGCUAAAAUUUUAAUAAUCGUCUCCUCUGAAACAGUCAGUUUGGGCUAAGAUGUAAUAAUUGUCUCCCCUGAAACAAAGUAACCUUGGGCUAAGAUGUAAUAAUCGUCUCCCCUGAAAUAAAGUCUGAAGCUUUGAAAAUGAUAUGAAGCCAUAAAGCAAUAAUUUGCAUAAAAAAUAUUUUUAUUGCAUUAGCAACUUUCAUGUUCGUUUUAUCUUUGACGUCUUUUUUUUUUUUUUUUCUUUUUUAAAUAUUUAACUGCUGCACAAACUGCUAUGAAUUUUGUUAAGCAUGACAUAGUGUUCCAAUAGGUGUGUCCAUGAAAGAACAGAGUCUAGAAUGACACAGACAUGCAUACAUAGAUUUAUUUAUUGAAAAUUUAAAUCUGUAAAGACUUUUUAUUUAAUGAUAAUGGACGCACUGAUACACUUUGCAACUCUAUAAUUUGUUUUUUGUUUUAUAACAUUUUAAACUGCUGUGAACUAGUCUGCUGCCUUUUUAUUUUAUUUAUUUACUGGUACACUAAAAAUGAAUAUUUAUUUUUUUGUAGUGACAAGCCAACUCUCUUUCAAAAUCAAAAGACCCUAAUGUUUCUUUAUGUCCAGACACACUUCUGUCACCUAGUGUAAGCCUAGUGUGUAUUUAUUUUCCAUGUUUUUAAUAGCUGUCAUAUAGCACAACUUUUAGGCUUAUAGAUUGCUCCGUCAAGACCAAUCUUAAUAGAAGACUUGAACAUUGACCUACGACAUUGCAACCUGUUGCCGUGCCAUGGUUUAAACCUCUCUCGACCACACAUAAUGUACUUUGCUUGCAUUAACACAUGUAUUGGUGUAUUUUAACAAUUUUAUGCAAGUAGUACAUUACCAAAAAAAAAAACUGUAUGGGGGGGGGGGGUAAUAAAUUUUUUUUUUUUUUUUUUUAUUCUCUAUUUACCACCACUACAGUUUUUUUUUUAAAUUUUUUUUUUACCUCGAAAGUGCAAACCCCAGAACAAUAUUUAUAAUUAUAUUUGUCAGAUUAAAACUCUUUAAACAGAUUUACAAUUGUAGAAUCUCAUUAAUACACUUAUGGUUGACCUCAUCAGACUGUAUUACUUGCUAAGCUCUGUCUAUUAUGCCAUGACUUUUUAUAAAGACUUUUGAUGCAGCUAUUUCAUGCUAGUGAUUGUAUUGGCUCAUUUGCCUUUGAGAUUUAUUAAAAUAAUUUUACCUCA